CAUGAUUAAUCUGCUUCAGUUGAGAAAUUUCCGGUUGCAACAUCUUUUGGGCUGUUGAGAACAGAGCAUGCUCCACUGACAGCUGCCUCUGGAAGGAGCUGGAAUCACCUGAAGUUCCCAGGACUUGAAAACGGAUCUCCAGAGACUUCAGGAAAACAAGAAUCGAGGAAAACGUCACUCCAGAAUCUUGGCUACCCAAUUAUCCACGAGGAAAUUAAGAGCAAUUUUUCAGAAAGAAGAAUACUCCAUCAGCUCUGAGGGACACAGCUGUUACCGCUCAGUAAAACUGUGGGCAGACCCGAAAUGUGGCAGCUUUUAGCAGCAGCAUGCUGGGUGCUUCUUCUUGGACCUCUAUAUGGUUUUCACAAGAAAGGAAAAGUCACAAAUCCUGAAGCUAAUAUGAAUAUUAGCCAGAUUAUUGCCUACUGGGGUUAUCCUUAUGAAGAGUAUGAUGUUGUGACCAAAGAUGAGUAUGUCCUCAGAACUUACAGGAUUCCUCAUGGAAGACGAUGUCUGAGAAACGCUUCAAGACCUGUUGUAUAUUUGCAACAUGGCUUAGUUGCAUCUGCCAGUAACUGGGUUUGCAACCCACCCAACAGCAGCUUGGCUUUCCUUCUCGCAGAUAAUGGUUAUGAUGUGUGGAUGGGGAACAGCCGCGGAAAUACUUGGUCCAGAAAACACUUGAAAUUUUCAACCAAAUCACCAGAAUUCUGGGCCUUCAGUUUAGAUGAAAUGGCUAAAUACGACCUCCCAGACACAAUCAAUUUCAUUGUAGAGAAAACUGGACAAGAGAGACUCUACUAUGUGGGCCACUCUCAAGGAACCACCAUCGCUUUCAUAGCAUUCUCUACAAAUCCAGAGCUGGCUAAAAGGAUUAAAAUAUUUUUUGCAUUGGCUCCAGUCACUACGGUGAAAUACACCCGAAGUCCUAUGAGAAAAUUAACAAAUCUUUCCAGAGCAGCCGUCAAGGUAUUAUUUGGUGACAAGAUGUUCUCUCCUCAUACAUUUGUUGACCAAUUCAUUGCCACCAACGUGUGCAACCGGAAGCUAUUUCAUCAUAUUUGCAGCAACUUCCUAUUUUCUUUUUGUGGAUUUGAUCCAAAAAACUUAAACAUGAGUCGGUUGGAUGUUUAUUUGGCACAGAGUCCAGCAGGAACAUCUGUUCAGAAUAUGCUGCACUGGGCCCAGGCAGUAAAUUCUGGUCUGUUCCAAGCUUAUGACUGGGGAAACCCUUAUCAGAACAUGAUACACUUCCACCAGCUUACACCUCCAUUAUACAACGUUACUAAGAUGGAAGUUCCAACAGCAGUGUGGAGUGGUGGUGAGGACCGUGUGGCUGACCUAAGGGACAUUGAGAAUUUACUCCCUAAAAUUACCAGACUUAUUUAUUACAAAUUUAUUCCGUACUACAAUCAUGUGGACUUUUUCCUUGGACAGGAUGCACCCCAGGAAAUAUACCAAGACCUAAUUAGAAUGAUGGAAGAAUCUUUCUAAAAUUAAAUACACCUUCCUUUCUCUAAGCAAGCAAGUGUUCCUAUAAUAAUGUGGCACACAUAGCCGAAGGUGACCCCUCCAAUGAUUUUCACCUCCUCGUGUCCAUACAUUUGUGUAAUCCUCACUCUUUGAGUCAGGGAGGGACCUGAGUGAGACUUGCUUCCAGCCUACAAAACUGGCAAAGGUGAUGGGAUGUCACACCCUCGAUUAGAUUAUGUUUAUGGCAAAGGUGAUGGGAUGUCACUCCCUGAUUUAUAUUAUAUAAGAAUCCAUCUUAGCACACUGGAGCAAGAGAUUCUCCUUGUUGGAUUGGUGAAGCAAACACAUAUGUUGAGGAAGCCCACACAGGAAGGGACGGUGUGUGGCUUCUAGGCCCUGCACGUGGCCUCCAGCCGAUAACCUGCAAAGAGCCGGGCCUCUCAGUCCUACAGCUAUAAGGAAAUGAAUUCUGCCUAAAACCUGAAUGAGCUUGGAAGACCAUUUCCCCCACUAAAGCCUCCAAUUGAGAAGGAGCCUGGCCAGCACUUGGAUUGCAGCCUGAUGAGACCUUGAGCAGAGGAGGACUUAGCUAAGUCAUGCCCUGACUACUGACCCAC